AAAAAAAGAGAAAACAAGAAAGAGCCAAGAGAAAGAAAUGUCAAAAAGCUCACCCUCGACUCAGUCGUCUGGGUCGUCUUCCUGCAACGCUACCGACAGAGACAAAGCUCCGGGACUUGCGCAAGAUUGAGUUUUUUGAAGUGGGAUUUUUUCUUAAAUUUUGUCGAUUCUGAUUGAUAUGUCUGUGGAGUCGAGCUCCGUUGCAGCUGAUCAUGGCGGCCAAGGCCAUGGCCAUACCAACUUCAGGGGAGUACCUACUCACGGCGGCCGCUAUGUGCAGUACAAUGUAUACGGCAACCUUUUCGAAGUUUCCAGGAAGUAUGUGCCCAUCAGGCCAGUCGGUCGUGGCGCUUAUGGCAUCGUCUGUGCGGCUAUAAACUCUGAGACGCGUGAGGAGGUUGCCAUCAAGAAGAUUGGCAAUGCAUUUGACAAUAGAAUAGAUGCCAAAAGGACACUACGAGAGAUAAAGCUUCUGAGUCACAUAGAUCAUGAUAAUGUAAUUGCAAUGAAAGACAUAAUAAGGCCUCCCCAGAAGGAAAACUUCAAUGAUGUCUACAUUGUUUAUGAACUAAUGGAUACUGAUCUUCAUCAGAUUAUCAAAUCCAACCAGGGAUUGGCUGAUGAUCACUGCCGGUACUUCCUUUACCAAAUUUUACGUGGACUCAAGUAUAUUCAUUCUGCCAAUGUCUUGCACCGAGAUCUGAAACCAAGCAAUUUGCUUCUCAAUGCCAAUUGUGACCUAAAGAUUGGAGAUUUUGGGCUUGCAAGGACGACAUCUGAGACAGACUUCAUGACUGAGUAUGUUGUAACUCGCUGGUAUCGUGCACCAGAACUGCUCUUGAACUGUUCAGAAUACACGGCAGCAAUUGACAUUUGGUCAGUAGGUUGCAUACUUGGUGAAAUCCUGACAAGACAACCACUUUUUCCAGGCAGAGAUUAUGUUCAUCAGUUAAGACUUAUCACAGAGCUGAUAGGAUCACCUGAUGAUGCCAGUCUUGGAUUUCUCCGUAGUGAUAAUGCCCGGAGAUAUGUUAGACAACUUCCACAGUAUCCAAGGCAGCAGUUUUCUGCUAGAUUUCCCAAUUCAUCUCCAGGAGCUGUGGAUUUGCUUGAAAGAAUGCUUGUGUUUGAUCCUAGUCGGCGUAUUACAGUGGACGAGGCACUCUGCCAUCCAUACUUGGGACCUCUUCACGAUAUCAAUGAGGAGCCAGUUUGCCCAAGGCCUUUCAGUUUUGAUUUUGAACAGCCAUCCUUCACUGAGGAAAAUAUUAAGGAGCUCAUCUGGAGGGAAUCUGUAAAAUUCAACCCAGAUCCAGCUUAUUGAGAUGUGAUAGCAUGAUAUAUACCAUUACAUUACUAAAUCGAACAUUGUAUCAAUCCUGAAUCCUGUAUGUAUGCUGUAGAAGAGAUUAGCAUUGCGUUUGAAUUUGUCAUUAGUUGAUUCUAUUAUCUUGCGUGGGUAGCCCUCAUCUGAAUACCAAGUCCUUCUUGUUCCUGUUUGGAUGGUAGGAAGGAUCAGAAUACUUGUGUGUGAUGGUUGCCCGUAAUGCUCACCUUUUAAUUCAUCUUUGCUUUUCAGCACAUUGACAUUA